CUGAAUCCGACUGGAUGAGUUGAUGAUGAAGAACGCAUAUUUUUAAUCGAACAUUCAUCUGGAGAAGAAAGAUCCAUCCAUUCACGGUCCAAGUAAAACUCUUGUCUAGAAGCUGUUCAAAACGGACUAGUUUCUUUUUCAGGUAACAGCAACCAGCAAGGGUCCCAGGUACUUCGAGAUUUAAAUGGAUCCAGAAAAUUAUCCAAGUGAUAGUGAUGCUAGUGAUGAAGAUUUCCGUCCAGAUAAAGAUGAUGAAUCUGCUAGUGAAGUAGAUUCGGAUGAAUCGGACGUGGAAGACCUAGACAUCAAGGACGACAAAGCUGGUGAUAAAAAGCGGAAGCAAAAAUCAAAAAAUGCCGGUAACAAAAAACGAAAGCUGACAGAUGCAGUAGGAAAAGAAAGUAAAGAUAACAAUCAAACGGAAAAAUUGCAAGACGAAGAAGAUGAAGAACGUUUAACAGAUGCGCUUUGGGCGGAUUUCCUGUCAGGAGCAGGUAGUUCUAACGGAUCCACAACCUCGACAUCAAAAAUGUCUAUCUGCACCAAAAAAGAGUUGCCUCCUAAAACUGACAUUAAGCAUGUUUCUGAGAAAUCAGUUUCAAAUAAAUCAGAAAAAAGUGCAACAAUCACCAAAAUUUUUGAAUUUGCUGGAGAAGCAGUCGAAGUGACGGAGGAUGUUUCUAGGAGUCAGACCCUUAAAACAGCUAGUAAACCGGCAUUGGGCGCCUUCAACGGAAAUGCUGGAACAGUGAAACAAUUAGGUGCUAGACCGUCAGGAGGUGGACUCGGGGCAGUAUUAAGCCAACUUGGCAAAAAGAAUAAAUUGAGCACUCUAGAGAAAACAAAGCUCGAUUGGAACAGUUUCAAGCGCACCCAAGGAAUUGAAGAAGAACUGCAAACCCAUAAUAAAGGCAAGGAUGGCUUCCUUGAGAGACAAGACUUCCUUCAAAGAGCAGACGUGCGACAGUUUGAGAUUGAAAAGUCUUUCCGUCAAAGCAGCAAGAGUAACCGAUAAGAUAUUUUUUUCAUUAUUCCCAUAAUAUAAUGUAUACAUAUUUGCCCAUACUGAGUGCAACAUCCAACAGCCAAAAUGAUUGUUUGCUUGCAUAAUUUCUUAAUAGGCAAAUAAAAGUGGUAACUAUUAUCAAUCAAAAAUAUGUGUACUGUAUUGCCUUUUGUCGUGGAUUAAAACAUCCUGUAUUAUUUCGUGUCA